AUGAGUUCUCGUCAUAGAAGUCGUUCGCGUGAUCGAGAAAGGCACAAGGAACGAGAGAAGGGGCGGGACAGGGAGAAGGACAGGGAUCGCGAUCGUGACGGAGACCGGGAGCGACACCGGGAUAGAGAUCGCCACCGCUCCAAAAGAAGAAGCAGUAAAGAUCGUGACCGAAGUCGCAGCCGGGAACGUCACCGAGAAAAGAAGCGCAGUAGGAGUCGUAGUCGUAGUAGAAGUCGAGGUAGAAAAUCCAAAGAUAGAUUUGGGCAAACAAGCAAACAAUCAAAACACUAUUGCUCCAUUGCUCUGCUCGAUCAAAUGGUGGGGACUACUACUAAGGCCACAGCUCGUCAAGUGACACCCAAUGGCAAUGUGAACUCUGCCACUCAAGCGGCUAUUUUAGCUGCAGCAGCUGUCGCGCAGACGUUUGUGGCGCAGCGACGCAUCGCAGCUCCGGUGCAGCCGGCGGCGGCCGCGGCUGCAGCCCUCUCGGCGGCCACGGCUAUUCCGCCUCCCACCUCGGUGCAGCAGAAGUUAGAACAGCUACAGGCGCGUACGGAGUCGCGCUACCGGGAUAAAAUGUUGCUCGACCAUCAUCCCGACGACGAUAAAGACGACGGUUUAGGUCCCGAGGGAGAAACGCCAGCAGAAAGACGCGCUCGCCGUCGCCGCACACGCUGGAUGGGCUCUGAACACGAUAAGACCUUCAUUCCGGGCCUUCCCACGGUGCUGCCUUCCACGCUCACUAAAGAACAGGAAGAGCAAUAUCUACUGCAGCUGCAGAUCGAGGAGGUGUCCCGCAAGCUGCGCUCUGGAGACCUCGGCAUCCCGCACAACGUCGACGAGAGGUCCCCGUCGCCCGAGCCCAUCUACUCGACGGACGGGAAGCGGCUGAACACCCGCGAGUAUCGCACCCGCCGAAAGCUAGAGGAGGAGAGGCAUCGCCUCGUGACGCGCAUGCACACGAUCAACCCUGACUUUAAGCCGCCUCCCGACUACAAGCCCCCGAUCAUCCGCGUGCACGACAAGGUGAUGAUUCCUCAGGAGGAGCACCCUGACAUAAAUUUCGUCGGGCUGCUGAUCGGGCCUCGCGGGAAUACGCUCAAAGCCAUGGAGAAGGAGACCGGCGCGAAGAUAAUUAUUCGGGGCAAAGGAUCAGUGAAAGAAGGCAAAGUUGGACGAAAAGACGGACAGCCUCUGCCAGGUGAAGAUGAGCCGCUGCACGCAUACAUAACGGCCACGAGCGCGGACUGCGUCAAGAAGGCGGUUGAAAAGAUCAAGGAGGUAAUUAGGCAAGGUGUGGAGGUGCCAGAGGGGCAGAACGACUUGCGCCGAAUGCAGCUUCGCGAGCUGGCUCAACUCAACGGCACGCUGCGGGAGACGGAGGGGCCGCGCUGCGCCAAUUGCUCGGCCGCCGACCAUAAAACGUGGUUAUGUCCAGACAAGCCCAACGUGACCAGCGCCAUCGUGUGCUCCUCGUGCGGCGGUGCCGGCCACAUCGCGCGCGAUUGUCGCGCUAAGCGCCCGGGCCAAACGCACUUGCCUGCGGCCAAGGCCAAGAUUGACGAAGAGUAUAUGUCACUCAUGGCAGAGCUCGGCGAAGCUCCCCCGCCCCCGCCAUUGGGGGCCUCUGCCCCGCAGCAGCGUCGACCCGCUCAGAACGUGUUCACUGCCACGCCGCCGCCUCGCGCUAUCAUGCCGCCUCCAGGAAUGUUUCCUCCGCCCCCACAUCCUCCGCCGCACCAUGCGCCCUGGCUCGGCGCAGGCAGUCAACCGCCUCCUCCGGGCGGCGCCCCGCCACCGCCUGCCUUCCCGCCCCCACCGCCGCAUCAUCUCCAUCACCAAGGAGACGGCGUUGGCGCGAUGCCUCCGCCUCCGCCAGGCAUGAUGGGCGGCGUUUCGGGCAAUGGAUGGCGCGGUGCGUUUCCCCCACCCUGGGCCGCCCCGCCCCCGCCCUUCCUCGCGCCUCCGCCGCCGCCGCCUCCGGUGUCGUCGUCGUAG